AUAAAUACACUGGCUUUGGGAAAGCUGUCCAUAUUGCGUUCGUUGUUCUGAAUCUUAUAUCAGUCGUAAAGGAAAUGCGGUAGGAAAAACGAAGGUGAAGGAACGGCCGCUGCUGUUUUGUCCUUCCGGCUCUCCUCUGCUCUGUCGCCGCUAUGGAAGUCUCUAUGCUCCCGCUCUCUGUCUUUCUUCUGAUAACUACCUUGAUUGUCGGUGACCCGGAGGUACAUGCUCCCGUGGACGGAGCUCCACCUUCUAAAAUAGCCGUGGUCGGUGCAGGGAUUGGAGGAAGUGCUACUGCUCACUUCCUGCGGCAGCACUUUGGCCCAGAAGUCCAGGUAGAUGUGUACGACAAAGGUGAAGUCGGGGGUCGUCUCUCCACUGUGUCCGUCAACCAUAACGAGUACGAGACCGGAGGCUCCAUCAUCCACUCCCUGAACCUCCACAUGCAGGACUUUGUCAAACAGCUGGGUUUGAAGUACCGACGCAGUGUGGCAGGCAAAAUGGCAGUGUUUAACGGCAAGGAGGUGAUUCUGGAGGAGACGGACUGGUACCUGCUGGACCUCUUCAGGCUGUGGUGGCGCUACGGGAUCAGCUUCAUACGCCUGCAAAUGUGGGUGGAGGAAAUCAUGGAGAAGUUCAUGCGGUUGUACAAGUACCAGGCCCACGGCUACGCCUUCAGCUCGGUGGAGGAGCUGCUGAAUUCUCUCGGAGGGAGCGGAUUCAUCAACAUGACCCGCAGGCCGCUCUCGGACUCGCUGCUGGAGCUGGGGGUGUCGCAGCGCUUCAUCGAAGAGGUCAUCGUUCCCAUCAUCAGGGUCAACUACGGGCAGAACAUCAGCAUCCCUGCCUUCAUAGGUGCUGUGUCUUUGGCUGGCUCUCAGAACAACCUGUGGGCAGUGGAAGGUGGUAACAAGCUGGUGUGUUCUGGCCUCCUGAAGAUGGCUAACGCUAACGUGCUAAAGGCAGAGGUCAACACCAUUUCCCCCGUCCAGAAAGAGGAGUCCCUUCAGUACCAGCUGAACUUCACCUCAGCAGCAGGAGCAGCGUCAGAGCUCUAUGACAUUGUGGUCAUGGCCACGCCCCUCCAGGGCAGCGCCACGUCGGGGGUCCAGUUCCAAGGUUUCACACCUCCCUUUGAGCACUUCCCCAGCCACUACCACACCACUGUGGCCACCAUCGUCCACGGAUACCUCAACACGUCGUUCUUCAACUUCCCCGACCCGCGCCUCUUCCCCUUCGCCAACAUUCUGACCACGGAGACGCCCGAUCUGUUCUUUAACAGCGUGGCCAGCGUUUGCCCCGUCAACAUCUCCACCGGUUUCAGGCGUAAACAGCCCCAGGAGGCCGGGGUUUAUAAGAUAUUUUCACCACAGCCCCUGGACAAGUCACAGCUGAAAACGCUCUUCAGGUCUUACUACUCGGUGCAGACCACAGAGUGGAAGUCUUACCCUCGCUACGGCAGCAGCCAGGAUCUGUCUCCACUGGAGCUCCGCCCCAACCUCUACUACCUGAACGGGAUCGAGUGGGCGGGCAGUGCCAUGGAGAUGAGCUCGGUGGCUGCCAAGAACAUUGCCCUGCUCGCGUACCACCGCUGGAACCGACAGGCGGACCUGGUGGACCAGAAAGACCUGAUGCACAGGAUCAAAACUGAGCUAUGACCUCGACGCCUGAGAGCCAAGGUAUUUGUCAGAUCCUUAAUCUCUGUGACGGCGUUCGUAGGGGCAGAGGUCAACUGUCUGGAUUCAGCCUUUCUGACGUGAACAGUAAAAAAGGCGGCCGUCGUUUUUGAUGCAGUGAAAAAAGACCGUUUGAAAGUGUACGUCGAUGUGAACUCAAUCAGACAAGAUGGCGACACUGAGCGAGGGGUCACGGCUGGAGUGACUGGAGUAAAACGCCAAGAAGAAGAGCAGGGCGAAGGCAACAAGCAGGCGACGUUUUGAAGUUUGAAGGAACCAAAGCUAAGCUGUCACGUAGAAUUAUUGUCUUAUUUUGUUUAAUCAUUGCAUUUUUGUCCCGAUUAUUCAGAUUUAGAUCAAUGACCUAUUUUAAUAGGAACCAAGCCUGGUGACAUAUCUCAUCUCUCUGCCUUUGUUCUCUCGCCGGUCUGUUGUGAUGGUCUCCGGCCAAAAAAAUCCCAAAUCUCCAGUGACAGUGACUGUGUGUGUAGACAUGAUGUCACACUGAAGUCUUUGCUGUGUUCAAAGUCGUUCUGUUUGUUUACACGAGGAACAGACAGUGAUGAUAUCUUAUCUAACGUCUGAUUGGUCAAGAUGCUACAGUCUGAAUAUAUUAUUAUUGUGAAAGAGGUUGAUGGUGAAAUUUCAGCCACGACGUGUAGUUAAAAGGUCAUUCUUUUUUACCUCGUGGUGACUGAGGCGGUCGUGGCGUCAGCUGAUGGCGUGUGACUCAAGUUUAAACAAACCUUUUCUGUCAACACGAGACUUAUCAGCUUUACAAACAUGAAAGUUGUUGGGAAAAAAAA